AUGGCGGGAGGACGCAAGCGCGCGCACGUGAAGAUCGAGGUCGACGACGCGGGCGACGACGAAGACGCGAAGGCGACGACGCCCAAGGCGGCGGCGGCGAAGACGAAGAAGAAGACGCCGCCGUUCUCCCCGCCGGAGGACUGGCGCGACGUCCUCGCCGCGAUCAAGCGCCAGCGCGCGGUCGGAGGCGCGCCCGUGGACACCAUGGGCUGCGAGAAGAUCUCCGAGGACGCCGCCCCGGACGACAGAGGACGACGCUUCGUCACGCUCGUCAGCGCGAUGUUGUCGUCGCAGACGAAAGACCCGAUCACGCACGCGGCGACCGCGCGGCUCGUGAAGCACGGAUGCACGCCGGAGAACAUAGCGGCGACGUCCGCGGAGGACCUCGCGGCCAUCAUCCGCCCAGUCGGGUUCCACGCGAGGAAAGGGCAGUACCUGAGAGACGCCGCGAGGGCGUGCGUGGAGCGGCACGGCGGCGACAUCCCGAGCGACGUGGACGGGCUGAUGGCGCUGCCGGGGGUCGGACCGAAGAUGGCGUACCUCGUCAUGAACGUCGGGUGGGGCGUCCCGAGCGGGAUUUGCGUCGACGUGCACGUGCAUCGCAUCGCGGAGAGAUUAGGGUGGGUCCCGUCCGUCGCGUUCACGAGCAACGGCACGCCGAGGAAGAACCGGACGCCGGAGGACACGAGGGAGGCGCUCGAGGCGUGGCUGCCGAGGGAGGAGUGGAUCGAGAUAAACCCUCUUCUCGUCGGCCACGGGCAGCUGACGUGCGCGCCGAAGGCGCCCAAGUGCGGCGAGUGCGCGGCGAACGCGAUGUGUCCGAGCGCGUUCAAGGACGAGGAGGCGCGGAGGGCGAAGAAGGAGGAGAAGAACGCGGCGGCGGAGGCGCAGGGAUAG